AUGGAGUCAAACACGACUACCUUCACCUCGGUGUUGGCCAACGCCAAGCUUGGCAACGUCAACGUCCCUCCUCAGAUCGACUAUGUUAUCGAGACUGUGACCAAUGCCAGCGCUUGGACUAUCGUGUUCACGCUGUUGGCUCUUGCUGUCGCGUACGAUCAGAUUAGCUACAUCACCUCCAAGGGCACUAUUGCCGGCCCUACCUUCAAGAUGCCCUUCAUUGGGCCGUUCUUGGAGUCCGUGAACCCCAAAUUCGAGGAGUACAAGGCCAAAUGGGCCAGCGGUCCUCUGAGCUGUGUCUCCGUCUUCCACAAAUUCGUCGUCAUCGCUUCAACUCGUGACAUGGCUCGCAAGGUCUUCAACUCUCCCGGAUAUGUCAAGCCAUGUGUCGUCGAUGCCGCUCACAAGCUCCUUGGUCCAACCAACUGGGUUUUUCUCGAUGGCAAACCCCAUGUCGACUUCCGCAAAGGUCUCAACGGCCUCUUCACCCGCCAAGCCCUGGCUUCCUACCUGCCCGGCCAGGAGCAGGUUUACAAGACGUUCUUUCAGGAGUUCCUGAAGAUCACCCGCGAUGCUGGCGACAAGCCUGUCCCCUUCAUGACGCAUCUUCGCGAUCUCAUGACCGCCGUUUCUUGCCGUACCUUUGUCGGUUUCUACAUCUCUGACGAGGCUGUUCGCAAAAUCUCCACCGACUACUUCCUCAUCACGGAAGCUCUUGAGCUCGUCAACUUCCCCAUCAUUCUUCCCUACACCAAGACCUGGUACGGGAAAAAGGCGGCCGACAUGGUCAUUGGCGAGUUCGCCAAGUGCGCCGCCAAGAGCAAGGUUCGCAUGGCUGCAGGAGGAGACAUCACCUGUAUCAUGGACGCCUGGGUCAAGGCCAUUCUUGACUCCAAGAAGUGGCGCGAGGCUGAGGCUGCAGGAUCGACCGAGGGUCUUGAGAAGCCCACUCCUCUUCUCCGCGAGUUCACCGACUACGAGAUUGCGCAGACCGUCUUCACCUUCCUCUUUGCCUCCCAAGAUGCUACCAGCAGUGCCGCCACUUGGCUCUUCCAGAUUACUGCGCAGCGCCCCGAUGUCCUUGCAAAGAUUCGCGAGGAGAAUCUGAAGGUCCGCAACGGCAAUAUCCACGCUGAACUCAACAUGGACCAGCUGGAGUCCCUGACCUAUACUCGUGCCGUCGUCCGCGAACUUCUCCGCUGGCGCCCACCCGUCAUUAUGGUGCCGUACCUGGCUAAGAAGCCCUUCCCGAUUACCGACACCUACACCGUUCCUAAGGGUGCCAUGAUCAUUCCCACCGUCUACCCCGCGCUCCGUGAUCCCGAGGUGUACGACCGCCCCGACGAGUUCGACCCUGAGAGAUACUAUACUGGUGAUGCGGAGGUUAAGGGCGCGAAGAACUUCCUCGUUUUCGGUGUUGGUCCUCAUUACUGCCUUGGGCAGGUUUACGCUCAGCUGAACCUGGCACUCAUGGUCGGCAAGGCGUCCGUUUUGAUGGAUUGGGAGCACCACGCUACUCCGUUAUCCGAAGAGAUCAAGGUGUUUGCGACAAUCUUCCCCAAGGAUGACUGCCCUCUCACCUUCAAGGAGCGCACGGCAUGA